ACGUUUGUCCGAUUUGGUCGGGCGAAGAAAACCAUAAAAUUGAGAUUAAAAAGUCAAUACUACGCUAAAAUAAAUUAAAACAAACAAUAUUAUUUUGCAAAUUGUUAAGUUGAAUAUCCAUUUGACAUGGUAAGACACAGAAAGUCCAAUAUACCUCAUAAACAUGGAAAUAAUAAUGAAACAAGUGGGUCGAGCAGUUCCGAAAAUUCAACAACCAUACGAUCUUAUCAGUUUCAAACUGUAUGGAAAACAGUGAUAGGAGUAAUAUGUUUGAUUGUCGCUGUGUAUAUUGGUACCUUAGGGUAUCUUGAAACAAGAGUCAACACACCCUUCGAUGGUGAAAAGGCUGUUCAGGACACAGGUCUAGACGUUCCAGACAGAUACUGGGGUACAUACAGACCCGGGGUAUACUUUGGGCUAAAAAGUCGGGAGCCCAGAUCACCUGUGUUUGGCAUGAUGUGGUAUGAGCUGGCUGCAUCUGCUCAUAAGGGAAUUAGACACUGGUGCGAACAGAACGACAAUUUACCAACCUAUGGUUGGAUUCGACACGACGGUUUCACGUUCGGCGAACAGAUAAUAUCGGAUCCGCCGCACGAUAUCGUGACGUCGUUUAUUAAAACGGCCGGCGGUGAGCACGGGGGUCAGUGGACUGCUAGAAUUAAUAUAACCUCUGUGAACAAAUCGAAUGCACCAUUUAUAUUAAUAUGGUACGGUGCACUGGACGAAUCAAUGGGCUCCGGUCCCCAUUCACGAAUUUGGGGCGAACGGGGCGCAAUAGUGGGGUAUACCCCCUCUUUGGGCAACUUUAGAGUGCAUUUGGUUCCGCAUCAAGGUAAACUCCUCCACACCUCGUAUGCUGAUGCCCAUUCACCGGGUCUGCAUUUGUUGAAGGAGAAAUAUUAUUCGCUGUUGAAAAUCGAGAAGCAUCCAGCGUUUGGACGUCUGGCUGUCGUUGGACCUGAUGAUGAAUUGAACGAUAAGGACAAACAAGUGAAUUUCGUGCCGGUGCAAAUGCUAGUUGAGACCCCGUUCGUUUUAGAUGUUGUGUAUAGUACUGAGGAUCUACCCUCCCCGCCCUUAAAGGGAGACGAGUACACUAAGGUGCUGGAAGUGAAGAGGGAGGAGUUUGACGAGAAAUUCGAAGAGGAGUUCAAAUUGAGGGAUAAAGGAUACCCGUUGAGUGACGUAGCCAUAGCGAAGGCGGCCAUGUCGAACAUGAUUGGAGGCAUUGGUUACUUCUACGGGACGAGCCGGGUGCAAUCGCAGUAUACCAGGGAGCCUGUGCCUUAUUGGAAAGCGGCUCUGUAUACCGGAGUACCUAGCAGGUCGUUCUUCCCGCGAGGUUUCCUCUGGGACGAGGGUUUCCACGGCCUGCUGGUCGGGAGGUGGUCGGUAGACAUACAGAUGGACGUGGCCGCUCAUUGGCUGGACCUGAUCAACGUUGAGGGCUGGAUACCCAGGGAGCAGAUUUUGGGCACGGAGGCGUUAGCCCGCGUCCCGAAGGAGUUCGUCGUGCAGAGCAACGCGGCGGCCAACCCGCCAAUGCUGCUGAUACAGAUCGCCAACAUGGUCAAAUUGCGGCCAACUCUGUUCCAACACGACUCGAAGCACAGGAGGAUAUUGGACCGCAUGUUCCCGCGGCUGCAGACCUGGUACAAUUGGUUCCUUAAUAGUCAAAAAGGUGCUGAACCAACUUCGUACAGAUGGCGCGGCAGAGAGGACGACGGCUUACAGUUGAACCCUAAAACACUAACAUCCGGCCUAGACGACUAUCCUAGGGCGUCGCAUCCAACGGACGCCGAGCGGCACGUGGACCUCAGAUGCUGGAUGUAUGCUGCGGCAGAUGCUAUGGUGCAUAUAGCGAGGGUACUGCAACGGGACACCGGCAAAUUUGAAACGCUCCGCGAACAGCUGGGCGAUGAGGACAUGCUCAAUCAACUGCACUGGUCGUCCCACACUGAAACCUAUGCCGAUUAUGGCCUACACACGGACGGUGUGAAGCUGGUCCGCCAAGUGGCCAGAAGUCCGAAUGAUGCGCCCAAAUUGGUGAGGUCCGUCACCAGCCCGCCGCAGGAGAGAUAUGUCACGUCGGCGCUCGGAUACAUCUCUCUCUUUCCCAUGUUGCUCAAAGUGCUGAGUCCAAAGAGUGUGAAGUUAGGCAAAAUCCUGGACAUGUUGGAUAAGCCGGAUUUGCUUUGGUCGCCCUAUGGAUUGCGUUCAUUGUCGAAAUCAGCGCCUCUGUACAUGAAGCGUAAUACGGAACACGACCCGCCGUACUGGCGCGGGCAAGUGUGGAUCAAUAUAAACUACCUCGCCGUGUCCGCCCUGAAGCACUACGCCAGCGUGGAAGGGCCCUAUGCGGGUAAAGCUGACGAUCUGCAUAGGCGGCUGAAGCAGAAUGUUGUCGGUAAUAUAAUAAACCAAUACAAAAAGACGGGGUACCUCUGGGAGCAGUACUCGGACCAUGAUGGCAAAGGGUCUGGUUGCAAGCCGUUCACCGGUUGGACGGCAUUAUUCGUUUUAAUAAUGGCUGAUGAAUAUUGAAUAGAUAAGUAGAAAAAUAAAUAUAUCACUAUAAAGCGAACCAAUUAAGAAUGGGAUCGUCAUAGAUCCUUAUGUCAAAUUUAAUUUGAAGUAACAUUUUUGCAUGUCAAUAACGGUUUGGUUAAUUUCCCCUGAGUUAGUUAAAUUUAAAUGUCGUUGCUUAACUUGCAUUAUUGAUUCAUUUGAAUUUACUGCUCUGACGUCACAAUAUGGCGCAGUUUCGAUCCUAUUCUUAGUUGAAUACAAUUUUUAGUUUACUAUUACUGUAGAUGAGGAAAAUGUGAAAAUUAAACAUUUAAUUGUAGAUACACGAGCUUCGCACUAUCUACUGUAAAGUUGUAGUGAAUAAAAUAAUUAGUAAUAAGUUGAUCUACCACAGACUAUAAAUUGAAUAAGAUGGAUAUAUCAUGUGAAGAGACUGAUCGUCAGUCUCCCCUGCUCGCGCUGUAAAGUGUUCGAAACGUCGGGCUAAAUAAUAU